AUGACAGAUUUUUUACCCGAAGUAAACACAACUAUAUUUGACCAUGUUUUCUAUCUAAAACACCCAAAGGACCUAUGGAAAGAUGAAAAUUUUGAAGAAAGAUGUAGUAUUGAUGAGUGCCCUCAGGGCAUUCCUUACAGGAAGGGAACAAAAGAUGGGAUGUGGAGAGGAAACUUCUGGGGCUAUUCAAACCUCACAGCUACAGAUCUGAAACGCAUCUCGUUUCAUGGACAUGGCUCGCUUCUGGUUGACAUUCUGAAUAACAUACAUAACAGAGCAGUCAUGACUGAUCAUGCAAAAAUUUCUCUGUAUGAUGCAUUUGGUGAUAAAGUAUACUGGGAAGUUAGGAGGAGUAUGAGAUUUGCAUUGGCACUUGUUGAGAUAGAAACAGAAUCCUGGAAAGAUUUUCUUGACUCUGAUGAUGUCACUGAUGGUACAGUAAGGCCAAGGGACUGCAAGAUGGAAAAGGGAUUUUCUGAAGCACACGGUGGACCAUACUUGUGUGUACAUCUGAGAAGAAAAGAUUUUGUCUGGGCAAGAGCAAAAGAUGUACCCAGUAUCAAGGGAGCAGCCCAACAGAUCUCCGAGUUGUUAAAGAAUUUGGAGUUUGACACAGUAUUUAUCGCAACAGAUGCUCGAAAACAAGAGUUUAAAGAACUGAAAUCAUUUCUGAGGGGUUAG